CGAUCGGUUCCGCGGUGGCAAAGGAGCAGCCUUUUUUCGACGCAAAGGAUCUGCUCGACCUUGUUGCGAGGGUUUUGUCUGGCGCGGACGACUACAUGAAGAAGGAGGGUUCUGCACAAGUGCCGGUAGAAACCUUCACGAAGGUUUUCUUUGUGGACCUAGAAUCUGCGAAAACGACCGUAACAGCAGCAGCAGAUUUCGUUGUGGCAGUGAUGGAGCUAAUUGAUUCCUGCACAGUUGAAGGCGUGCAACAAGAAGAAGAAAAAGAGACUCCCGGAGGACAACAAGAGAAGGAGGUCAUUGAUCUCGACGAUCAGAGCAAGGAACCGAUGCAGCCAGCUAAGAAAGCUGUCACGCUUAAACGGAAAAGCCUUCCGAGUCUCGGCCACUUCUUUCUGCAGCUGACAAAUCGGGCCAUUCAUAAGAAUUGCGGAGUAGUGAGAAAUUCCCUUGACAUUGACUUCUGGGCCCACGUUUUGACCACUGCUGAUGCGCUGCCGAAUGUGCCCGACAUGGACAACAUCGCUGAGAAAAUGGAGGGAGUGCUGCGCAGAAAGCUGGCCACGACUGCGGAAAAGACCGUGAUUGAAACGUAUCUACACCAUGAACAGCUGCCGAGCCGCCUCAAGGACCUUUGGACCAACAAGUUUGUUGACAAGCUCACGUCCCUGCUAAACAAGAAACCAGAAGAGCUCGAAGAAAUUCUGCUUGGUAGCAAUAUCGACACGUCAAAGAAACCGCGCAAUUCCG